ACCUGCCUGCGUGCCUUCCGCGGAGACCGUUGCCCGCUUCGCCGUCCCAGCCAGCUCCCAAUCAAAAGAGCAGAGCAGAGACCCCCGCUUCUCCCUUCUACUACCUCCCUCCCUGCUGGCCGGCACUUUCCCCAAAUCGAUCGGGAUUCAGGAGGCAUGGCGAGGGCCCUCGACGGCUGCUACUCCGCCAAAGACGUCGCCUACAGCUGUGGAUACUGUGGCUACGCAUUGAACUUGAGCUCCUCCACACGGAACACGGCCAACAUUGGAUCCAAGUACGGAAAGCAGAUCAGGAAAGGCGUCGUCUCAUUCUUCGCAGUCGACGAGAACCGGUUCACGCAAACCGACGAAGUGAGCUGCACGCCGUACUUCCGCUCAAGGUCUUCCUGGGGUUUCUUCAGAAGGAGAACACGAUUGCUCUGCCGCAAGUGCAAUGGCCAUAUCGGUAACGCUUAUGACGACGAGGACUCUGCCUUGUAUCAUAGCUCAGAUGACACACUCGCGAGCUCAGAGGUCAGCAGCAUAUCUAGUCGAAAGAAAUAUGUUAUCAAGAUCAAUGCGCUACAGCCCUCAUCCGACGACUCCGGUGUUCCCUUUGCUCAAUGACAGGAAUCUGAACUGCUGUAUUGUGUGCCUUGAAAAGCAUGGUUGCUCUACUCUGUUCCGGACUGGGGAUGCUGUGAAUCGAAGCUUCUCAAGGGAACUUGCCAUCUCUGUGCUGCUUCAGUCAUCUCACUGUCCAUACUUGAUAAUGAUUUUUCAUUUCUUAACUAUUGCCGGUGUACAUGUAUACUUUAAAUAGAAGUGUCAAAUUUUGGUUGUGUUGAUAGUACAAAAUGGGAGGGUCUUUUUGUUGUCUACGUCGGUACUUGUGUGUCUAUCUCUUCAGCGUGUUUGCAACAUGUUUGCCAUAUUCAGUCACCUCCCUGUAUCAGGCGUUCAGUCUCAUAAAGGCAUUCUGAAGUUGUUCAUGGGGGAGGGGGCCAAAGCUGUUGGCGUCGUAGAGAAAAAUGUAUUGAGAUACUGUGAAUAUUAUAUCUUUCAAAAUGAUGUAUCUUCAGUUUAUUGUCUGAUAUAAAGACUUCUUUUAUACACAAA